AUGUCCUGGAAACUGACCAAGAAGCUGAAGGAGACCCAUUUGGGUCCCCUCGCGAGCACUUUCUCCCGAACCCCCUCAGCAUCCCCUCUUCCGGAAAAGGAAGAGAAGCCCGCGGCUGCCCUCUCUGCGGCAGCGGCCGCCCCGACAAAUGAGAGCACUAUCGCCGCCUCAGAAGCCCUCUCUCAAGCCCCCGUCGUUACGACCCCGAAACCCGGUAUCCUCGUCGUCACCAUCCACGAAGGCCAGGGCUUCUCCCUUCCAGAGCAACACCGAAAUGCCUUCUCCCCGUCCCACGCCGGAAACUCGCUAUCCACCGGCAACGCCCUCGGCAUGGUCGGCUCGCCACGCCCCCCAUCCGCUUCCCGCACGACCGCCUUUACGGGCGGCCGACCCCAGACCUCCGGCGGCUUCAGCGGCAUCCCGACGAACCACGGCCGUAUUUCCACCAAAUACAUGCCCUACGCCCUGAUCGAUUUCGAUAAGGUGCAGGUGUUUGUCAACUCGGUCGAGGGCAGCCCCGAGAACCCGCUAUGGGCGGGCUCUAACACGCAGUACAAGUUCGAUGUCUCGAGAGUGACGGAGCUGGUGGUACAUCUCUACAUCCGGAACCCCAACGCCCCACCAGGAUCCGGUCGCAGCCAGGAUAUCUUCCUCGGCGUGGUCCGCAUCAACCCGCGCUUCGAGGAGAAGCAACCCUACGUGGAGGACCCCAAGGCGAGCAAGAAGGACCGCGAGAAGGCCGCGGCCGAGCACGCCAGCCGGGAGCGUUCCCUAGGCCACAGCGGUGUGGACUUUGUCGACGUGCAGUACGGCACGGGCAAGCUCAAGAUCGGCGUGGAGUACGUCGAGAACCGGGCUGGCAAGCUCAAGAUCGAGGACUUUGAGCUGCUCAAGGUGGUGGGCAAGGGCAGCUUCGGCAAGGUCAUGCAGGUGCGCAAGAAGGACACGAGCCGGAUUUACGCUCUCAAGACCAUCCGCAAGGCCCACAUCAUCUCCCGGUCCGAAGUGGCCCAUACCCUGGCCGAGCGCUCCGUGCUGGCCCAGAUCAACAACCCGUUCAUCGUGCCGCUCAAGUUCACGUUCCAGAGCCCCGAGAAGCUCUACUUCGUGCUGGCCUUUGUCAACGGUGGGGAGCUGUUCCACCAUCUGCAAAAGGAGCAGCGCUUCGAUGUCAACCGUAGUCGGUUUUACACCGCGGAACUGCUCUGCGCCCUGGAAUGCCUCCACGGCUUCAACGUCAUCUACCGCGAUCUCAAGCCCGAAAACAUCCUCCUCGACUACCAAGGUCACAUCGCCCUGUGCGAUUUCGGUCUCUGCAAACUAGACAUGAAGGACGAGGACCGCACCAACACCUUCUGCGGCACACCCGAAUACCUCGCGCCUGAGCUGCUCAUGGGCAACGGCUACAACAAGACGGUCGACUGGUGGACGCUGGGCGUGCUGCUGUACGAGAUGUUGACGGGUCUCCCGCCCUUCUACGACGAGAACACCAACGAGAUGUACCGCAAGAUCCUCAGCGAGCCGCUGCACUUCCCCGGCCACGACGUCGUCCCGCCCGCGGCUAAGGAUCUCCUCACCAAGCUUCUUAACCGUGACCCGCAGCAGCGUCUUGGUGCUAACGGGUCGGCUGAGAUCAAGGCUCACCCGUUCUUUCAUGCUAUUGAUUGGCGGAAGUUGCUUCAGCGCAAGUAUGAACCGGCGUUUAAGCCGAGUGUGGUCGACGCGCUGGACACGGCUAAUUUCGACCCAGAGUUCACGUCAGAGCCGCCGCAGGAUUCCUACGUCGAAGGUCCGAUCCUCUCCGAGACCCUCCAGAACCAGUUCACGGGCUUCAGCUACAACCGACCGAUUGCCGGUCUCGGCGACGCCGGCGGGAGUGUGAGGGACCCGUCGUUCGUCGGGAGCAUCCAGGGAAGCUUGAGAUAG